CCGCGGCGGCCAGACCGAUACGCAGCUCGACUUGUUGUCCUCCUGCGAGAAACAUGACGUCCUAUUCACUGCCUUCUGCCCUACUUCUGUCCGUGCUUUACACCUGCUCCCUGGCUGUCGUGUAUGAGGAGGACUAUGACGACGCUACUGUGAACCAGAUGCUGGCUCCUAAAUCCCAGGAAACAGACACCACGGAAAUACUCAAUAAUUUACUCAAAGAAUAUGAUAAGAAGCUGAGACCGGAUAUUGGAGUUAAACCAACUGUCAUAGAUGUUGACAUAUACGUGAACAGCAUCGGACCAGUGUCUUCAAUAAAUAUGGAAUACCAAAUUGACAUCAUCUUUGCCCAGACAUGGAUGGACAACCGCCUCAGAUACAACAGCACAAUGAAAAUACUGACUUUGAACAGCAACAUGGUUGGACUUAUCUGGCUACCAGACACCAUCUUCAGAAACUCCAAGAGCGCAGAUUCCCACUGGAUUACAAUGCCCAACCAGCUGCUAAGGAUAUGGAAUGAUGGGAAGAUACUUUAUACUUUAAGGCUGACCAUAAAUGCAGAGUGCCAGCUGAAGCUACACAACUUUCCAAUGGAUCAACACUCAUGUCCGCUCAUUUUCUCCAGUUACGGAUACCCACAAGAUGAGAUGAUUUACAAGUGGAGGAAGAACUCUGUGGCGGCGACUGACCAGAAAUCCUGGCGUCUGUACCAGUUUGAUUUUAUGGGUCUGAGAAACACUACGGACAUUAUAAAGACUAUAGCAGGGGACUAUGUAGUGAUGACGGUCUACUUUGACCUGAGCAGAAGAAUGGGCUACUUCACCAUCCAGACUUACAUCCCCUGCAUCCUUACCGUGGUUCUCUCCUGGGUGUCCUUCUGGAUCAAAAAGGAUGCCACGCCAGCCAGAACCGCUUUAGGUAUAACCACAGUCCUGACGAUGACCACCCUCAGUACUGUGGCCAGGACGUCAUUACCCAGAGUGUCUUAUGUCACCGCCAUGGAUCUUUUUGUCACUGUUUGCUUCCUGUUUGUCUUUGCUGCCCUAAUGGAGUACGCAGCGUUAAAUUACUACUCAAAGAGCAUCCGAGGGCCCAUGUGCAUAGAAACUAAAAGACUGAACUACUCUGUGUUGGAUAUGAGGUCUCCUCCACAUACUGUCGUCGCUUUCAACAACUCCACGUACUGGCAGGACUUUGAAGAGGCUUGUGUCUAUGAGUGUCUGGAAGGAAAAGACUGCCAGAGCUUCUUCUGCUGCUUUGAGGAAUGUAAAGAAGGCGCAUGGAGGAAAGGACGCGUCCACGUAGAUCUGCUCGAGCUGGAUGCAUACUCACGUGUCUUUUUUCCCACUUCUUUCUUGCUUUUCAACAUCGUCUACUGGGUAGGCUAUCUCUACCUUUAA